CUUGGGUUUCAUUCGGGAUUUUUUGGAUAACCUUGAGUUCUCAAUUGUAUAAGACAACUAAAAACCGUAGCCCCUCUUAAACGUAAUGUUGUCCACGAGCACUGUUUGUCGUAGGAAUGUCCUUCAGAGAAAACAGUAUUUUAAACCUUUAACGCUGUACUGGAGGUCGCAGAGAACAGAGGCAAGGGCACUAGACAGCCAAGAAACCUUCAAUGGAAUGCGUGCUUUCGAAGACAUUCCAGAACCUAAUAGCUUUAAGUUUAUGUACGAUCUUUGCACGAAAACCGAGCGCUUUACCAAAGGAUUCAAAGUAACUGAGCGCUUGUUUGAAGAACUUGGCCCUGUUUACAAAGAACGCUGGACGCUGACUCCCUUAACAUCUGUACAUGUUAUCGAACCAGAAGAUAUCGAGAAAGUAUUUCGUGCAGAAGGAAAAUAUCCUCGAAGGCCGAUAAUAGAUGUCUGGCUUGAGUAUCGCAAACGGAGGAAUUAUUUUCCAGGGCUAGUUUUGGUGUAAGUAAACCAUUUAUUCCUUUAUACAAUAAAACUGAUAACUCGUGUUCUUUAGCACCGAUUGGGGAAAGUAAUUCAAUUGCAUAAUUACGUUGUCUGACACGGUAUCCAUAGCAAUUAAGACCACUAUAUGAUCAAUUAACAAAACUACUUGGAGAACGAUCAAGGGCAGGCGUUCGUGGGCGGCUUGACUUGACAAAGAAAAUUAAGGCUCUUUAUUUAUAUAAUUAGAUUUUAGUUUUUUUCGACGUUCAAAAAGUACUGUCAUAACUUGACGGGGUGGGAGGUGUGGCGGGGACGGGGAGACGUAGCGAUUUCAUAGCCGGAGGUAUAUAAUAACCCACAGUGCUGUAAAAGUUGAGGUUAUUACUUCUGCUUGUGGUUCAACCUUUGUUUUUCUUUGUUUUUAUACUGCAUAGCACUAUUGUUUACUAUUGUUUUGAGCUCAUAUACAAAUACGGUUUGGGGCAUAAUGAUUAUGCAGAUACGGUUUAACAAAGGACCAGGCCAAAGACAUAGUUUAUUCACCCCCGAAGCGUAUAUUCCUUGCGGUCAAUGACUUUUCCUAUAAAAUGGUCCCAGACUACCACAUGGCCCUAGUUUCUUUUCUUUUCCUUUUUUCUUUGCGAUUGAAAGCAUGUUUAGAAGACAAGAUGCCAUGAUCGUAAGCAAUAAGUACCGCAUUUCCUUAGCCUGUUCCAAGCGUUCAGAUAGUGGAGAGCGGUGCGACGUUAAGAAAGCGAUGAAAAGUAGAGGGGGAUUUUACUACGCACCGCUCCCCACUAUCUGAAUGCCUGGAACAGGCUAGCAUUUCCUCGAAUAAAAGCCGUCCCUCGAUUAAUCGCCCCACGGGUUAAUCGCCUCCCUCGAAUAAUCGCCGCCUCCCUUGAAUAAUCGCCCCCCCAUCCCUCUUUCCUUCUUCUCUUUCUUUCAUCCUUUCCCUGCCGAGAUAAAGUAUAGAGUCUGAUCCAGCAAAACUGAUCAGUGACAAUUCAAGCUCUAACGCCGAGGAUAUUGACAUUGAAAAUUAAUCAAGGAGCUAAAUUUGGAACUCUUAAAAAGCCCAUAUGUGACCAUUUUUCUUGUUCUAAUGGAAUAACAAAACAAAAUAUUUAGGGCACGACUUCCAGUGAGCAAUAUUUGAAGUAAUCGCCUCCCUCGAAUAAUCGCCUUCCCUCGAACAAUCGCCCCCUUUUUGUGCAAAAAUAAUAAUAAUAACAAUAAUCACCCGCGGCCAUUAUUCCAGGAAAUACGGUAAUCCCAUUUCUGCCACUCUGCCAUUCAUGGGUGCCGCAACAUCACAUGUAGCCUGCGAUCAGGCGAUUUUUAAAAAACAAAAAAAAAGCGCCUGAUCGCAGGUUACAUCACAUGUGACAAUCGUUUUUUCAUAACAGAAAUAUUGUAAAGGUUUGUACAGGGAUUUUAACGAUCAUUAUCUAGGGGUCAAAAAUAGUAAUAAAAAGGCAUGAGAAUUUUUAACCUUGUCUCCUUAUUUGAAUUUAUGGCGUUUUCUUAGAAAACAACGGCAGAACUAAAACUCGCUGAAACUGCACUGAAACGGCCAAAUAUGCUAAGAACACGCCAUAAAUUUAGACAAGGAGAGACGAGGUGAGAAAUUCUGAUUUCUAGUUAUUGCUAUUUUUCACCCCUAAAUAAUGAUCGCUAUAAUCCCCAAACAAACCCUUAUAAUAUUUCUGUUAUGCAACGAUUCUUACUUGUGAGCUUGGGGUACCUGUGCUGUAAUCGUGAAUCCCGACAUCUUGUUUUCUAAACAUGCUUUCAAUCGCCAAAAACGCAAGAAUCCGGGUGUUAGUUAAAACUCGUAGUGACAUUUUGGCAACCUUGUGCUUUGGUAACGUUAUACAAGGCGUUUUAUAAAUUCACGAUGCAAGCUAAUUUUAGAAGUAUCUGUAUGGGGUAAGCGUUACAGUGCUAACAUCUCAUCUCCAAUUUGUACCAAGGCGCUGAGUUUGGCAAGUGGGAAUUUCUUAUAUUGUUCUUUUUCUUAUUAUACCACUGAAAGCGAUAAAUUUAGUUUGUGUGUCGUCAUCUCUUAUUUGCCCUUUUGUAUUUGCCAAAGUGCAGGGGACGAUUAAACUAAUCCGCGGACCGAUUAAUCCCAAUAUCAACCCGACUGACGUUCAUUUAUCGGAAAUAGCCAUGUGUACAAAACUGUAUAAUUCUGAACUUGGAGUUAUUUUAUCUUUAGUUUUGAUUUAUAUGAACUUUUUAUCGUGAAAAGUUGAAAAAAACCGCAAAAAAUAUCGCAAAAUUAGAAAACCCGCGAUACAUGCUUUGACAUGUGGAAAGCUGAACUACUGGUUUCUUGCGCUCUGCAAAAAGACAACGGUGGGGUCACGUAAUAUUGUUGCGACAACUACGACAAGGAUUGUCUGGAAAAUCAGGAAACCGGAAUUAGUAUAGAAAUAGCUUGGAGACCACCGAAGACAUAAGAUUGUCUGGAAAACAGGAAACUGGGAUCAGGCAGGAAAAGAAAUAGAGAUCGGAUAGGAAACCAAGACCACCGAAAAUUAAGAUUUUCUGGAAAAUUAGGAAACGACAAAUCAGGAAUAGGAACUGAGUUAGGAGUAGGAACUGAUAUAAGAUAGUUUCUGGAUCUCCGUUUUUGUUUUUGGGAAGAAUGGGACAAAACUUGUAGGCGGCAGAUGUGACCCCAUAAAUACUCAUAUGUUUAUCCAUUUUAGCCCCAUACUCAGAGAUAAAUGACCGUUUUAUAUAUUUCCUUUUUGACUCACUGAAAUAAGCUGAAGCUUUGUUUUCGCGUUGUUGUUAUUCUUCGUUCUUUUUUUUUUUUUCCGGUUGUUGCAUGUAGGUUUGAUGCCGUACAAUCAAUUUCUAUUUCAAUAUUUGUGUCACCUAUUUGAGUUUAUUUAUUUAUUCAAUGCACUUUCCAACAAAAUGCCACGGUUGGGGGAUCGGAAGUGAAUGCAAUGAUAAUUGCAUACACGCACCAAUGUCUCUUUUUUUGUUUAUAAUAGAGAUGGGGAAGAAUGGCACAGAGUGCGACAAACUAUUGCUCCUAAAAUCAUGCGACCAAAAAUUGUUGAGGAAAACAUUGGUAACUUUAACGCCGUAAGCAAGGAUGCUGUAGCGAGGUUUGCCAAACUGAAGGAAGCCUGUAAACAAGAUGAUCACAUUCCUGACUUGGAAAAGGAACUGAAUCGAUGGUCCAUGGAAGGUAAGCUUAUUAUAGCAGUGUGGGUGCAGUGGAUGCCAUUUGAGGACUGAAAUAUAUCAUGCUGACACUGGAUAGUUAAAAUAUUUAAGCCCCUUGCUUGCUUGCCAAUAAAACUAUGUUCUGUACAAUGUGCAUUGGUAGGGGUGAGCUCGGUUUGCUAGGAGAACUGAACGACGCCAUUAUAAUUAUUUGCCGUAAUUUGGCCACUCAGUUACGGAGUGGCCGUUUAUUGAUAAUAACAAAUCAAAUUACACAGAAACCCGGAAUUAAAACCCCUUCCCAGCUCGGCCGAGCGACUGGACUCCUUUCGACUCAAGUUCGUUUCCGUAAGUGAUGAACGCGGAUCCGUAAUCAAUGAUUACCUCUAGUUCAUUAUAUUUCUAUUUAUUUUUUACGUUCCCCGCUAAUUCAUAACCAGCUGGCGCUGAUCAAAUUUAAAAGAGGUUUGGCGAUAUCAGUACAAUAAAGAGGGGAAGUCGUUACGUCAUGUUGCCAUGGCAGCAAAAUUUUUGGAUGACAACAAACCGAUAAAGCCACUUAAAAGUCUAUUCGCACCAUUUCAAACUUCACCGAUCUUAUUCAAUUUCAUUUAAUUUGGCAAAUCUUGGCGAAAUUUUCUUUGGGACCAUAUCUAUAGUUAUCUAAGUUUAGAAAAAGAAAGCGACAAUUCCUGUGUUGUGUUCACCUACUCCAUAAAGCGGGCUCGUGAAAUUAGGAAGUUUCAUUUCGUAGUGGUGAAACGACGGCACAGAAAUGUACAAAAUAGCGUGAUGCACGUGCAAAGUUGUUGUUUGUUAAUAUAAACAAAUUAUUUUUUGCCGCUUUCCUUGCCGUCGCCGUCGUCGUUGGUUUUGUUGUCGUUGUCAUUUUGUUGUAACGUGACGUCACACUUCUCCUCUCUAUUGCACAGAUAGCAGGGGGAAGGGACAAAAAAUUUCGAUCAAACUCGUGUGAUUUCUAUACAAAACUUAACCUUUUUUAUCCAGUCAGAAACGGCGAAACAUCAAUCUUUAAUACAGCCACACUUUGAUUAUUGCAACAUUGUUUGGGGAAACUGUGGGAUAACCUUACGGAAUAAGGUUCAAAAGCUACAAAACAGAGCAGCCCGUGUUUUGACCUACUCAAGCUAUGACGUAGAUGCUGGUCACCUUUUCAAACUUCUAGGGUGGAAAAACCUACCUUGCCAGCAACAAUUUCAAAGAGCUACGAUGGUUUACAGGUCUCUGCAUGGGUUGGCUCCAAACUAUCUUAGUUCUAAAUUUGAAAGGCGAGAAGUCGCAUAUAACCUAAGGGACUCUGAAAAUAAACUCAAUGUUCCAUUACCGCGCACAAACUAUUACAAAAACAGCUUCAGCUAUAGUGGCGCCAUUCUCUGGAACAGUCUUCCUUGUAACUUAAGGGAAGCAGAGUCCCUUGGGCAAUUUAAACGAUUACUCAAAGAACUGUAAGGCACGGCAUUCGUGGAAAGCAGCUUUUUUAUUUAAAUAUUUUUAUUAUAUUAGUAUUAGGCAUUUUUAAAGCUGACGAAUUUUGUACCGUGGAUAAAUAAAGAUUAUCUGUCUAUCUAUCUAAUGAAUAAUAAUUAUCUGUGUCAUUCUCUUAUAUGAUUUUCAUAUAUUCAUAACUUCGUCAUCAUCCUGAAUUGGUAAGAGCGCUGCACCAGUAUCGCAGAGGUCAAGGGUUCGAAUCCUGUACAAGCCUGAUUUUUUUUAGGCUUUCCUUUCCGCAACUGCAAAAGUUGCGUCUAUUACUGCGCUGAUCUUCUUUCAUAUAAUUCUUCACCCCGCGGUUCUCCGCGUAUAUUCAUAACUUCAUCGUUCUUAUUAUUUUCAUAGGUAUCGGAACAGUGGCAUUUGAUAGUCGGUUUGGAUUGUAUGAAGACGCGCCCCCUCAGGAAGCACUAGAAUUUACAAAGGCGGUCGACGACUUUUUUGAACUUAGCCAACAGCUUAUGUUGAAUGUCUUACAAAGAGUUGCCUCCCGGUAUAUGGACACACCAAUGUAUAAGAAGUUCUCUAAGGUUCAAGACACUAUCCUGGAUAUAGGACAGAGGUUUGUUAACAAGAAGAUGAAAGAGCUAAAAGAAAUGGCAGACAGAGGAAUUGAUCCCGCCGACGCCCAAGGUCUGUAAACGUAGUGGAUUUGUAAUUGCAGAAGCUUUUUCUCCUUAUACUAAAUCCCAUAUGUUGCUAAAUACAGAAUUACACGUAAUUAAAUGAAAUAAAAAGUAAACAUCGUUUUACAUGGCGCCAUCAAUUGCAUGUUAAAUCAUUAUAUUAUGUCCUAAAUUUACUGUAGUUAAACGUUUUCAGCUCGCAAGCUUUCUUCGUUGUAAGAAAAGCGUCUUUUGAUUUUCAGGGUCAUAACAUGGCUCAUGUAACGUUAUGAUAUGUUCUUUAUUUAUGUUUACAAAUAUCUUGACUGGAGUAAAAUACUGAUUUGUCACAGUAUUAUAUAUUUGUAAAACUGUAUUUAAUUCUCUUCAUGAAGUUGUUCCGGUGUUGUCAUAUUUGCUGAUGAAGGAGGAUAUUUCUCUAGAAGAGGUCAACGGCCAUGCAAUUGAUGUUGUGUUUGCAGGCGUUGAUACGGUAAGAAAAUUAGAAGAAACCAAAUACAGUUGAACCUCUACAAACGGUCACCUCUCAGGGACACCCAACGACAAUUUUUGGAAAAAUGAAUAUCUGUUCGGAAGACAAUUUGAUAUCUAGAAUUUUCGGAACAUUUGUUGUUAAAUUUCUUGCUUGCCUGCCUCUCCUAGGAUUUUUGACCAGCCCCCCCCCAAAAAAAAAAUGGUAUAAUUGCCCAUUUUUAACGGAUUUUUACCGUAAAAAGGUCACCUAGAAUUUUCGGGAGCCUUUUUCUGGCUGAAAUUUUCGAAAAGGUAAGUUUUGAUCCCUAUGAUUUUCGGAUCACUAGACUUUCAGCUAGCAAAUCUGAACAGAUGAAAAAUUUCUAGGGGAUAAAAAUAUGCCUAUAUCUACCGUUUAAAUACUAAAAUAGGUUAGACAAUGCUAUUUUUAAUUGGUUUUGAGCUAUAUUCUCGUUGGGUGCCCAUGACCUCUCCACAACGGCCACCUUUGUGCAACGGCCACUUUUUUGGCGGACAGUCCAUACAUUGAUUCUUUUUUUAACCUUUUAACAGCGGCCACCUUUUGAUUAUACAUAAUUUAUCUAUUAAUUAAUUAUAAUUAAUGUAUUUAUUUGUUUGUUUAAUUAUUUUUGCAAUUUAGAUAGUGAGUAAAUUAGCCAAUCACCUAACAGGAUUCGUAAAUUAUAUUUCCAUUUUAUACCAAUCGCUCGAACUUGAACAAACUGCUGCAAAACGUAGUUGAUUAAAUAUUGAAAGAACGAAGAGUAACUGUUCCCUUCUUUAAAAUGUAGACGUCAACUUCUACCGUCUAGUGCAUUUUUGCUGUCGAGGAAUCGGCUGUUAAACGCGAACGCUGAAUUGACUCGAUAAAACGCGGAAAUCUUGACUCAACUGUUCUCAACGCGAAAGACUCAAAACACAUGUGUUCAUUCCUCAUUGUCACGUGUUCAUUUAACUGUCAAUCAAAAUCGCGCCUAAAACCGGAAGCGGAGGCACCUGCUUUUAAACACAAAAAGUACAUUUAAUUUUCAUUUACCUAUCGCUCUAACUUGAACAAACUUUGAUUUUAUGUUGAUACAACCAACAACAGACGUCAACUUCUACUCUCUGGUGGAUGUAUAACUUAGCACGAUUUCCUGAAGUCCAAGAAAAGGUCUACCAAGAGAUACAAAGUGUUUUGGGGAAGGACAAUGAUGUCACACCAUCGCACCUCGCCAAACUACGCUAUCUGAAGGCGUGCCUUAAGGAGUCCAUGAGGUAUAGUAAAAGAGAUUUUACUUACACAACCAUAUUUAAUUCAGUCUAAGUAAAGGCUUAACCUGGGAUCCCACCCCCUCCCCCUCUACCCCCACCUCCGCUUCUCCUGCCUUCGCUUGACGCCGUUGAGACGUUUCAGACGAGAGACGUCUGCGUAUUAGGUUCCAAAAAAUCUUUAAAUUUAUCAAUAAAUUCAACAAUAUGACGUCCUAUUACGUUACUGUGUCAAUCAAGUUAUACCCACAAGCUGGGUUUAGUUUUAUCGUUCGUCUCCAGGGCCCGCGGAACAGUUUUUAAAGUGCGGGGGCCGGUGACCACCUCUUUUGAAGUGGUGGUGGUGGUGGGAUGGGGUGGGGGGUGGGGGCCGGUGACCACCUCUUUUGAAGUGGUGGUGGUGGUGGUGGUGGAGGUGGAGGGGGGGGGCGAAGGGGAGGGGCAAAUUUGGCUGUUCUCUCUUUUUGGCUGUCUAGAACUUUUAGAUUACUGAACCUUUCUUGAUUCAUUGUUGAGCGGAGUCAUGUUAAUAAAUUUCAAGCCGCUGAAAAGUACCUUUCUCUAUGCUGAAUCCACCACUAGAAGUUUGCAAAUCAUGAUAUUAAACGUAGGUUCCUGUAACCCCUUCAUUUUGUCUAGUGUGUCAUCGAAAUGCGUCAGAGACCACAUCAUCAGCCGAUAUAAUUCGUUUUAGGAAACCGUAGUUUGUGGAGUAGUCUUCAGAUUUAAUCGAAAACCUUCAUCAAAGAAGACUCCAUUCUGCAUCGUUGCAUAUGCUACAUAGCCUUGCCAGGGGCGGAUCCAGGAUUUUUUUAGGAGGGCGUGCACUCGCCUCUUGCUCUACUUCAACACCAAUAAACCACACAGUUUUUUUUUGGCAGAAUACCAGUUGUAUUAGAAAACCGCAGGUCAUCUCGGGGGGAAGGUGCACACCCCCGCACCCUCCCCCUAGAUCCGCCCCUGCUUGCUGGUUUGAAAACGCAGAAGCCUAGGACUAAGUGCAGUUUUGUAAAGAUAGGCGUCUUGAGGCUUACUACGCAUCAAACGGAUGGGAUCGAAACGGACCAAUGAUAAAUUUAGAUGCUGGAAGAUUCUUAUUCCAGCAAAGAUACUAUUUAAAUAUAUAAAAAUGUAUCUUACAGUGGAACCUCGAUGACGAAGUCUUUGGUCAAACGAACUUUUUUUUUGUACUCCAGUAAUAGUAACAUAUAAAGCAAUAUGAAAAAGAACCUCGAUAUAAGUUAACGAGCCUCGUUUUAACGAACAUAUUUUGCCAGUCCCUUGGCCCUUUGUUAUAUCGAGGUUCCACUGUACUUAAUUUUAUUUAUUUGUUUUUCAAAAAGGUGAGGGGGGCCCUGGCCCCCCCCCCCAGCCUCUCCCCCUGUGCGGGUUUGGUCUCGCGAUUAUCACUCUGAUAUUAAUCGCGACGCUUCGACCGCACUGCAAGUCUUCAUCAGGCAAUAUAUAGUGUCGAUUCCGAGUCGGACUAUUUGUACCACCGUGGUUGUUAGUGAUUGGUGUAUCACAAACCUCGCUCAUGAUUAAGGUGGCUCGAUACAGUUUUCCAGGGCCAAACAUGGGAGGUACUGACGUCGCGAUCAAUAUCGAAGUGACAAUCGUGAGACAAAUGAUAUAACUAAACCCUUUAUACGCAUUAUCCACGAUGAUUAAUAUCUUUCAUGACGAUGAGUAUAUUACUCUGUGUAAUUUUUUUUGACCGCAACAUGAGUCAGUUGAUGGUUUCACGUGUACAACUCACUUUGACUCUGAAGAUGACAUUUUUUCGUUCAAGGCUGACCCCAAGUAUUACAGGCAAUGGAAGGUUUUUGGAAGAGGAUGUUGUCUUAUCUGGAUACCAUGUUCCCGCGAACGUAAGUAUUGGGGUCUUCAUUCCGAUUCUCCUCUUAAGUUUCUUUUAGAUCAGUUGUCAUCACCACCAUAGUUAAGUAGUGUGGAGACAAUCCAGUUUUCAUGGGCGCAGCGUGAGAUUUUGAAGGUGUACGUACGGGAAGGAAAGGUAGAACACCGGAAAAGCUCCAUGUUAGGUGGGUGUGGGGAAUUAAUGCUCCGCCAGAAAAUUUUAAUAUUUAGGGUCUCAGAAAAGCUACUUCCUGCGUGUCGUGUAGGACAUUUUCAGUAACUAAACAAAUGAAGUAGUUAGUUGUUGAUUUUACCCUUGAAUUGUUCACGGAAAAAAAGAGUAAAAUAACGACGUCAUCAAAGGGGGUAACACGCAAAGGCCGGAAGAGACGUCUACCCUUCAAACGGGGAAACUCUGUUAUAAUGCCAUCAAUAUUAACUUGCUUGUGUUUGUGAAGAAUGACAAGAGAGCUUAAUCUCCCGUCUGUCAUGGAGCUUGGUAAAGGAGUUUUAAAGUCUCUUCGCCGCUGGUGGACGUUUCGCGAGGAGUAACGUCUGCGACUCAGCCACAGAAAUUCCACAAUGAUGACGUAAACUCUGUCCGGAAUCCGCUCAUAAACGCUGAUUAGACGACGGAGUAGUUACUUUGUUUUAGCUAUUGUUUACGAAUGACAGACAAAAGACAAAAGGCCAAAAAGGUCAAACGUAAACGCGAUGAAUCUACAGCAAAACAAUCAGUAUUUGUGCAAUAUAUAAUUCUCUAGAAGAAGCAUUUGAGUUUUGCUGGAGCUCGUUCGCAGAUGAACACAAAAUUUUACCAAAAUCGACCAGGAGAAAAGUAAAAUUGAACAAACUUUGAUUUAGGUCGAGUUACUCCUCGCGAAAUGUCCCCAGCGGCGAGGAGCGAGGAGAAACGGCUGUUUUCGCAGGCUACAUACUGCUAAAGCUACGCUCAUUUGUGCAUGUUGACACAAGAUAAGUCAACAACGUUAUCAAAGCAACGUAAUUAUACUCACGGGACUGAAUUAGGAUCAGAGUGAUCAGUCAUCCUGGCUUUGUGAUAAAAAUGCUUUCAGCAAAUAAAAAUAUACUUCUUUUUGCAUAUAUUUGCUAUAAGCACGGGCGUAUAUGGACGCUACACUCCUAGUUUUAAGCAAAGACGAGCCUUUCAACUGUGUUUUAACGUUUAAAUAUUCCAGCUUAUUAUGACCGAAGACGACUGAACAUAAACGCCACUGUAAUAUUCAAAAUUACUGUCGCCCUGAUCCGUCAUACUGAGGGAUCCGUGAAGAUAGAUAGAAUAAAUGCUUCUUUAAUUCUUACUAUUAUAAAUGAACUCUUACAGAGUCUGGUGAUAAUGGAGUCUUAUGCCACAACUCGCUCAGAGAAAUACUUCAAAGAUCCUUUGGAGUUUAAUCCCGAACGCUGGCUCAGAGAAAGUAAAGAGGCUCAUUCUUUUUCUAACCUGCAGUUUGGAUUUGGACCACGCAUGUGCGUCGGUAAGAAGAGAAGCUAUUCUGUCGAGGCGACUUCUUGUCAAAAACUUCGCCUUUAGCACAUGUUUACUCGCGUAUCACGUUAGGGAACAUGGCGCGCGCGCCCUUUAAGGGACGGACAAACGGGCAACAAGAAACAUGCAACUUGUCUUGCAACAUUGCCGCAAAAGCAGUUCAAUAGCGAUGUUGCGUGUUGUACCCCCUAUAUCAAACAAGUUGCACGUUUUUGUGCGCCAUUCGCGCGUGUUCCCCUGCCUAUCGCGUUUUCGCUUGCCUUCAUUCUCCUUUUUCCUUUCCUAUCAAACGUCUGCCACGAAGGACCUGGGGGGCACACUCUUAUAUGCUCUAGACAGGUGUGUGCUGCUGAACAGGGCAUGGGUUAGAGUGUCUUGAGUUGAAUAGCGAUUGUGCGCGUUUUACCACCCAUAUCAAACCUCUCUUGGAGCAAAUCAGGUUGUUAACAGAUUUGAGCGUGGGUGGUAAAACGCGCAACAUCUUUGCAAGUUUUUGUGCGUCCUUUUCACGUUCUCCCCUGCUCAUCGCGUUUUCGCGCGCCUUCAUUCCCCCUAUCCCAUACCCAUUUCAGUUUUCAAUCUAUAAAGGGUGAUUUAAUCAAGUAAAGAAUGUAAAAAGAAAGUUGAAUUAAAUUUUUUUUCUACAAUAAUUUGCAACUGUAAUUGUCAAACUGUCUAGUAACCAACCAUCUUUAUGGCACUCUUGAUCAACAUUAUGUGUAAUAUUUGCCCUUCCUGUAGGUCGUCGUGUGGCUGAACUUGAGAUGUACGUCUUUAUAUGCAAGGUAAGUGCUCCGUAGGUAGCAUCCUAACGCACUUUUUGUCUUUGUCUUUGAUGUCUUUAAUAAAUUCAAAAGAUGAAAAUACAUAUCUCAAGUUACAGCAAAUAAAAAAUAGCUGAGAGCUCUUAGAACAAUUAUACAUCUAUUUACAUCAAGGAAUUAUUAUUAUAACUGAAGAUAAGUCUGUUCACAGAGGACGAUGUGAAGCGCUUUGUUGCCACUAUAGGAUGAUAAAAGCAUGGUUUUCUUAGCGCCUAAUUGGUGAAAUUCCUUUCUAGUAUAAUCUUCACAAGGGGCGAAUUUUUUCUCAGUGCCUUUCUAAAAAAAUGGCAAUCUGAUCUUUCAAGCAGCUCCCUUAUAUUCAGUUUCCUUGACAUAUACCUGCGUUUGUGCACCCAUCUAGAAAAUGCUGUGCGUUGUUAAGAUCAGAAGAGGAGGCUCCGUACACCGAUAAACCAUUACAUACAAAAAAUUAGGCAUAACAGUUGACUGAAACAGAUAAUCCUGCUCCUCCUGAUUAUACCCCUCUUGCCGAAGCGUUCUUAUUUUAACUAAGUACUUUAUAUAAUACCCAGAGAGUGAGACCGUCAUUUCUUCAUAAUUAGGCUUCUUUAGAGAAUUGUUUCCCCAGUCGCGAUGCGAGGCAAGGAGAGUCAUGUUCUAGUGAAAACAUUCCCAUUCCGUUGACACGAAUUCGUCGAUGAGAAUUUACCAAAAGCUACAAUAGUCGUCACAUUUGAUGAAGCAUUUACGUUCACUCCAAUUUUGAUCAAUCAUGUAUUUUCUACCACUGGGGAGGGGGAGAAGGAGUAAUGCUCAUGACACGGCUUCCCUCAGGGGUAGGACCCCAGGGGUGGGGGAAUUUAACAAGACAAAGUCCCCAGGUUCAAGCGAUUCUCAAUGGAAAAUCCCGCCUGAUAUCUUCCUCAUAUUGCUGGUUUUCAGUGUCACUCCAUUCAAAAUAGAUCAAAAUAAAAAUCAAAACCGUUGAAUAGAUAAAGUCCAGAAUGUGGGAAAUGAAAGGACGUACAUAUACAAAGACCCUCGCCAAGAUUCAGGUCAGAGGAAUAUUUCGUAUACGAGAUAUCCGAAGAAAUGUUUUACCCAAACUUAUAGAGAUUUGUAUGGAGACGCCAUGCUGGUGCUCACCUAAUUGAGCUCCAACAUGGCGGACGGAAACCAACAGAAACAUCUGUUUCCGAGUUUUGGUACAAAAGCGUGAAUUUAUUCUUCGAGAAACUCAUAGACAUUAAAGUAAUACUUUUUCUAAUACAUGAACUGUUAAGAUAGCAAAAUUUCCUGAAAUAAGUCAUUUUUUUAACCUACACGACAGCUCUCUUGGCCGUCAUGUAAAUGCCGCGUCACGCAAAAGCUUAGAAAUUCAAGCGUACUCUAUCACAAAACCAAGAACCCUUUUGAAGCGAAAAUUUGUAUGAAAAUUAGUUUUCAGCUGCUCUAAUACAUCGUGAAAGUAAAAUCUCGGUAGGAUCGAUAGUUUUUUAGUUUGAAUUUUAGUGACGUCAUGUGAAAACCAACAAUAACUUGGAUUCAUUUUAUUGAGAGGACUUUUUAUGACAGUCUGUAUGCAAUUUGUUUGCGCAUGAUCCUAAACAAAGAUAACCUGCACUGCAGACGCGCGUAUUUCCGGUCGUCGCUUCUCUCUCUCCGGAGGGAGAGAGAAACGACCGGAAAUACAUCUGCGGUUCGCAGGCUAAAACAAAAUUUUGAAUUCCCCAUCCCUAUUUCGCUUGAAGUUACAACAAUGUCGUCAGUAGUCCCUUCCCUAGGGACAGGGAACCCAAUCCAUCCCUUUGUUUUUCCUAAUUUUUUUCCCUGAUUGGCCCAUUCUUGUCCCCAGAGCCCGUCGUUUCUUGGACACGUGUGAUUGGCACGGCGUCCUACCUUAGGGGGAAGCCGAUGACAUGCGCAUAAACACAGACAAAUUAAAUGAUAUAUAAGUCGGUUGAGACUGUGUGUGAAACUGCCCACCUACCACUCCCCUAAGCCAACAUUUUGCCCUAAGUGAGAAGUAAGUGUAAAUGUUGGCUUAGGGGAGGGGUGGAUGGGCAGUUUCCCUUAAAAGUAUAAUGAUCCCAGAGUUUCAGGCUGGGUUGUUCAAAGUAACCCAAGGUUGGAGCGAAAUUUGAAUCCAGAUAUGCAAGUUUUUAAAAAGUAAAUUCAGUUUAAUUCUUUUGGUCAACAAGUGGAUGUUUGGAUACUCUUAAAAAUAACAGAGAAAAUUAUGCGAUAAAAUGCUUUUGAACACUAAAGAAAAAGAAACCGGGGUUAAAUUUAACCCUGGAUCAAGCGCUAAUUGGCCUUCGAACAACUGGGCCCUAGAGGGUACAUAAAAGUGUAGCCUGCUACGAACCCAGACAUACUUCCGGACGUUGCUUCUUUCCGCCCUCAAAGUUACUUUUCGGGUAGAGAGAAGCGAUGACAGGAUGCGUCUGCAGCGUUCGCAGAAUCAAUGCCUCUUAUUCGCCAUUUCUCUUUGUUGCAGUUACUUCAGAGGUUUCGCUUAGAGUAUCAUCACGAGCCACUGGAUUUGCGCCAGAAGCUGCUUACUGUUCCAGAUCAACCGGUUAAGAUCAAGUUUGUCGACCGCGGUUGAUUGUACCCUGUUUCUUUGUUGUUCGUGUUAGUAGUCAGUGAUGGUAGUUUUUUAACAUUUUUUAACUCUCGAACGUCCACGCAAAGUCAUACCCCCACCGUGGUACAAGGGGAGGGGGUUGAUGGAACCCCCUCCCCCCUUGGGUUUUUUAUAUGUUGCAGUAUUUAGGGGUGGCGAAUGGUACCUCGAAAAACGUGGGUCUCGGAAAAUUUUGGUAGGAUCUCGAAAUCUCGGAAGCGUUUUUGAUAAGUCUCGAAGUAUCGUUUCUUCAUGGUUUGUUUUUACUUUUUAUGAGUCUCGAAACUUUUUACCAAAAAGUCUCGGGCUCGGAUUUUCUAACUAGGAUCUCGGCGUCUCGGCGAGUCCCGGAUUUUACCAUUCGCCACCCCUAGUAUUUCGAAACGAGUUUGCCUUCAGUGGAAAGCCUUUCAUCUUCUCUACAAGAUGAGGUAUGUUUUGUGGGUGGUGGCGCUGCUGGGGGUCUGUGACGUCACCAAACAUGGUCGCCAUCUUGGAUUUUUCAAGAAUUACAACUCAGGUAAAAAAAGGGAGAAUUAAUAAUUUUUUGCGCCUAACAUGUAAAAAACACAUAAAUAAUUACUUUGCAUUAUUUUAUCCACAAGCUUUACUUUUAUUCCCGUAGGAAGUUGAAAACUUGCAUGCAUUUUCACUCAAAAUUGGCUUGACUACCUGCUACUUAUGACGUCAUAUCUCGUACCCAUAGUAACUGACCGCCACUAAACUUGUCUCAGAAUGCGCGCGAGGGAUAAACAAACAGCUACAGAAAACUUCAGGUGCUGAUGUUUUAUCGCUCAGGAGAAAAAAUCAGAAAAACCUUAGGGGCCUCCCUUGUACGUCCGAGGGCUAAUCGAGAACUUUUCGAAUUUUUUUUUUAUUAUUAGAUAGAGUUGCUUGAGAACUACCUUUUAAAAAACAUGGCUGAAAGAGAUGUCAUUUCUACGGAGACUUAUGGAGCUCAAAAGAUUCUUUGAUGCUUAUUACUUUCUGAAUUGAUUGUUAACAAGUUCUGCCACACAUGUCACGACACCAGUCAAGUGAUAAUCACGCAAUUCACUGGUAUUUACAAGAAAUCGUACUUUACAGCGUCGUUUCUUUUUGGUUGUAAAUGCUUCCAAAAGGGGUCAAAAUUAAAAGAUCUUGUUUGUCUAGUUUGUUUUUGUGUGUCUCAUCAAUAGGAAAGAUGACUGCCCUUUCCAACUGUUUACAAGACCACAAGAGGUAGCUUUUCGUUUCGUAGCUUUUUUCCUUAUAUGCGGUAUGAUUUCCGCCAAAUCAGUAUUCUUAAGUGGUAUUCAAAACAAAGAUACUUAAAGGUUACGGAAAAUACUUAUCCUUUUCGUAUAUAAAGAACUAAAUUAUUAUGUUACAUUUGCUAAGCUGACUAGACUGUUCUGAACGCCUGAAACAGGCUACUAGAGAGGAAAGUAGACUAUGUCUUUGUGAAUCAGAAAAGAAUUCGGGGAAACUGCCACUUACCCAACCCUCCGGUCCUCAACAUUUUCCCGUGGUAGAUAGGGCGUUUUUUCGGGAUGUUAUAAAUCAUUUAAAAAUGAAACUCACAUUAUUGUUCAUUAAAUCUUUGUAGAGGGAGGCAUCAUGUUCAGUGGAAUAAUGAAAAAAAAUAUAUACCUGACACUAAAAGGAUCGGAAAUCAUUCUAUAAAGAUAUAAGACGUCUUGUGAUAAUAUGCGUCGUACAUGUACAUAUUGUUUUGUAAGUAAUGUCACCUGAGGUACGAUUAGUGUAUAAGAUUAGAAUACUGUUAGUAUUGUCUUGUUUUAAAUAAGUACAGUC